CGGGUAGCAAUUAGCAAAAGUAUUUUUCCUUUGUUCUCCUGCCCCAUUCAUCUUCCACCUACUUUCCUGUCUAGCCUCGAUCAGCACCCGGCGGCGGCGGCGGCAGCGGCAGCAAGAGCACGAUCGAAAAUGGCACGAUUAGAUCCGCACUCGUAUACGGAAUCCUCUCAGCCGCUGGCGAAACAUGUGGCACUGACCCUCUACUUCGACUUCGCGGCCCGCACCAUUCAUGGCUCUGUUCUGCUCACGCUCCCGGCGGCCCACACCGGCCCCCUCCUCCUCGAUACCCGCUCCCUCGUCAUCCACUCCGUCCUCGACCCUCACACCAACGCCCCCAUCCCCUUCUCUUUCCCUUCUGAUCCGACACCAGACCCAGUCCUCGGCCAGCCGCUGUCCCUCUCUCUCUCCGCCCAGUCCGCCGCCCUCGUCGUCUUCUCCACCUCCCCCUCCUCGUCCGCCCUCCAGUGGCUAUCCCCUGCCCAAACCGCCUCCAAAGCUCACCCUUUUGUCUACACCCAGUGCCAGUCCAUCCACGCCCGUUCCCUCUUCCCCUGCCAGGACACCCCCGCCGCACGCCUCGUCUUCUCCGCACGCCUCAACCUUCCUCACCCUCUCACCGCCGUCAUGGCCGCCGCCCGCGCUGCCGCCCCCCGUGAUCCCGUCCCCGGUGAGGCUGGCUCCGCCUGCCCCGAUGCCCUGUGGUGCGCCCCCGGCCGUUCCGUAGAGGAGUUCAUCAUGGAUCGCCCCAUCCCGGCCUACCUCUUCGCCUUUGCCGCUGGGGACAUUGCGGCCCGCGACGUUGGCCUCCGCACCCGUGUCCACGCCGAGGGCGGGGCAGCGCUGCUCGACGCUGCUGCCAGAGAGUUCGCAGGCGCCGAGGAGAUGAUUCGUGCCGGGGAGGCACUUUUUGGGCCAUAUGAGUGGGGCCGCUUUGAUCUUCUCGUGCUUCCUCCAAGCUUCCCGUACGGCGGCAUGGAGAAUCCCAUGAUGGUCUUCCUCACGCCCACCGUCAUCAAGGGGGACGCCUCCGGGGCCCAGGUGGUUGCCCACGAGCUCGCCCAUAGCUGGACUGGCAACCUUAUCACCAACAAGACCAACGAGCACUUCUGGCUCAACGAGGGAUUUACGACAUAUGCUGAGAGGAGGAUCGUGGAGGUGGUGCAGGGAGAGGAGACGGCGGCUCUGAACAUGGGAAUUGGAUGGAGGGGACUAAAUGAUGAGUUGGAGAGGUUUAAAGACAAUAUGGAGUUCACAAAGCUGAAGCCUAACCUGGAAGGGAUUGACCCUGAUGAAAUAUACUCCCAAGUGCCAUAUGAGAAAGGUUUCCAGUUCCUCUGGCGAAUCGAACGACAGGUUGGGCGUCCUACAUUUGAUGAAUUUCUGAAGAAAUAUAUAGCUAAAUUUAAGUUCCAAUCCAUCGAUACAGAGACAUUUCUUGAAUUUCUGAAGGCAAAUUUACCUGGGAUAGAAAAUCAGAUCGAUCUUAAACAGUGGGUGGAGGGUACAGGGAUCCCCCCAGAUGCUAUGGAGCCACUGUCUUCAAUAUACUCGAAAAUUGUGUCACUGUCCAAUGAAUUUAAACUUGGAAAGAUUCCAAAAGAGCAGGAGGUGGCAAACUGGAGUGGGCAGGAGUGGGAACUUUAUAUUGAGAAUCUGCCCAAAUCUGUUGAACCAUCUCAGAUUGCUGCUUUGGAUGCACAUUACCGGCUGUCGGAAUCCAGGGACUAUGAGGUUAAAGUUGCAUUCCUUCAAUUGGCUAUCUCAUCUGGGUGCAAGGAGUACUUUGCGGAAGUUGAGAGGACAUUAAAGCAAGUGGGAAGGAUGAAGUAUCUGCGUCCUCUGUACACUGCACUAGUGCAAGGCAGUGCAGAGGAAGCGAAGAUGUCAGCCAGAAGAAUUUUUGCCGAGGCUCGUGACACUUAUCAUCCCAUUGCUCAAGGUGUCGUGGAGUCCAUCCUGGCUAAGCACAGCUAACAAGAAUUUGAAAUGGUCUUGUUGGGAGGCCCAAUCAUUUUAGUGAAUACUGCUUCCCUACGGUUGCGCAAAACACUACUACCAUGAAAUGCCCUGUUAAUCCUCAACCAUGUAUUUGCUUUUGUUGAAGCUCCAUGGUUCUUGCUUCUUAAGCAAUGAGACACUUGUGAGGUAGGGAUGAUCUUUGAACUUGAAAUACUGGCUUGAGCCAAACUUAUGGAUCUCUGACAACUAUUAGAUCAUUUAGCUCAUCUUUACUCGUCAA